AUGCAUAUCUCACUCUGGAAGCCAAUUUACCACUGUGCCGCUGCUCUAGUCCUCGACAAGAAGAGCAGCAGCAGCAGCAGGAAUCGAGAUGCUUCCUUGACUCAGCGGAAACUCCAUGAAUCCAAGCUCAGAGAAGCUCUCGAAGAAGCAUCCGAAGAUGGUCUACUCGUCAAAUCUCAAGACAUGGAAGAAGAAGAAGCCGAAUCUCAAGAUCAAACCCUCGGACGGUCGAGAUCACUCGCUAGACUCAACGCUCAACGCGAGUUCCUCAAAGCUACAUCAAUCGCAGCGCAGAGAGCAUUCGAAUCGGAAGAAGCUUUGCCUGAGCUCGAAGAAGCCUUGAACACAUUCCUCACCAUGUACCCAAAGUAUAAAUCUUCGGAGAAAGUCGACGAAUUGAGAAACGACGAGUACUUCCACUUAUCGUUACCAAAGGUAUGUCUCGACUAUUGCGGAUUUGGGCUCUUCUCGUAUCUUCAAACCGUUCAUUACUGGGACACUUGCACGUUUAGCUUAUCGGAGAUUAGUGCGAAUCUGAGCAACCAUGCUUUGUACGGCGGUGCUGAGAAAGGAUCCAUUGAGCAUGAUAUAAAGAUUAGGAUAAUGGAUUACUUGAACAUCCCUGAGAAUGAGUAUGGUCUUGUGUUCACUGUUAGUAGAGGCUCUGCUUUCAAGCUGCUUGCGGAGUCUUAUCCGUUCCACACGAACAAGAAGCUUCUGACUAUGUUUGAUCACGAGAGCCAAUCUGUUAGCUGGAUGGGACAGUGCGCAAAGGAGAAGGGAGCAAAAGUUGGUAGCGCUUGGUUUAAGUGGCCUACGCUUAGGCUGUGUUCAAUGGAUCUCAAGAAGGAGAUUCUGAGCAAGAAGAAGAGGAAGAAGGAUUCCGCAACCGGUUUGUUUGUGUUUCCGGUGCAGUCGAGAGUCACUGGGUCUAAGUACUCGUACCAGUGGAUGGCAUUGGCUCAGCAGAACAAUUGGCAUGUGUUGCUUGACGCUGGAGCUUUGGGGCCUAAAGACAUGGACUCGCUUGGAUUGUCUUUGUUCCGUCCUGAUUUCAUCAUCACUUCGUUUUACCGUGUGUUUGGGUUUGAUCCAACUGGUUUUGGUUGUCUGUUGAUUAAGAAGUCUGUGAUUAGCUGCUUGCAGAGUCAGUCAGGGAAGACGAGCUCAGGGAUUGUGAAGAUCACGCCUGAGUAUCCUCUCUAUCUGAGUGACUCCAUGGAUGGUUUGGAAGGUUUGACUGGGAUUGAAGAUAAUGACAUCGCCGUUAAUGGAGAUAAGAAAGUCUUGGGGACUCAGUUACCUGCCUUCUCUGGUGUUUAUACUUCUGCUCAGGUGCAGGAUGUGUUUGAGACGGAUAUGGAGGAUCAUGAGAUUGGUUCUGAUAGAGAUGGGACAAGCACUGUGUUUGAGGAAGCUGAGGGCAUGUCAGUGGGUGAGUUGAUUAAGAGUCCGGUUUUCAGUGAAGAUGAGUCAUCGGAUAGCUCGCUGUGGAUCGAGUUGGGUCAGAGUCCUGUUGGUUCUGAUAAUGCAAACAAGCAGAAGAGUCCGUUAGUGGUUCCACAAAGCCACAAACGAAGACUCUCUUCUCCUAAACCAGCUGCAAAGGCUGAGAAUGGGAGCCGCCAUGUUCUCUCCUUUGAUGCUGCUGUUUUGUCAGUAUCACAUGAAGUGGGUGAGGUAGUCCCGGAAGAAGAGAAAUCUGAAAUGAAUCGGUUGCGAGUUAAUGAGAUUGAAGAAGAAGAUGUUGGAAGGAGCAGUAAGCUUAUUGCUGAUGCAAAUGGAAAUGGAAAUGGAUCAACCUCUGGAAUCAAAGAGAGUGCGAUAAGAAGAGAGACGGAAGGAGAGUUUAGGCUACUGGGAAGAAGGGAGAAGAGUCAGUACAAUGGAGGGAGACUUCUCGUGAAUGAAGAAGAACAUCCGAGUAAACGAAGAGUGUCGUUUAGAUCAGUAGAUCAUGGAGAAGCAUCUGUGAUCAGUCUUGGAGAUGAAGACGAAGAAGAAGAAGAAGAUGGAAGCAAUGGAGUAGAGUGGGAUGAUGAUCAGAGAGAACCAGAGAUUGUUUGCCGCCAUAUUGAUCAUGUAAACAUGUUAGGUCUCAACAAAACCACCUCGCGGCUCAGAUACCUCAUCAACUGGCUUGUGACUUCUCUGCUCCAGCUGAGGCUGCCUAGAUCAGAUCCAGGUGGAGAGCAGAAGAAUCUUGUUCAGAUCUACGGUCCAAAGAUUAAAUACGAACGAGGAUCUUCUGUGGCGUUCAACGUCAGGGAUUUGAAGAGUGGAAUGGUGCAUCCUGAGAUAGUGCAGAAACUAGCUGAGAGAGAAGGGAUAUCUCUAGGCAUUGGUUACCUGAGUCACAUAAAGAUCAUCGAUAGUCGAAGCGAAGACUCUUCAAGUUCUUGGAAACCGGGGGAUAGAGAGGCAAGAAACAACGGCUUCAUAAGAGUUGAGGUUGUCACAGCUUCUCUCGGGUUCUUGACCAACUUCGAAGAUGUUCACAGGUUAUGGAGUUUUGUGGCCAAGUUCUUGAGCCCUGGUUUUGCUAAACAGGGGACACUCCCAACAGUUCUUGAAGAAGAUGAUUCUUCAGAAACUUGA